AUGGCGGUGGAUAUUCGUGAUACGUUUGGCGCAGGGUUCAUCGGGGGCAUGGUGGCUGCGAUCUUGUAUGGCAUCACAACUCUGCAGACAUAUUUGUAUUAUGUAUAUUACCCCAGAGACAACAAAAGUGUGAAACUGUUGGUUGCGCUCGUCUGGGUCAUAGACACGCUACACGUCUCCCUCAUGUGUCAUGCUCUGUAUUACUACCUUGUAUCGAAUUUUGGUGACGAGGAUGCCCUCAGUGCUGGAAAUUGGUCUCUUUUCACAUCGCUCGGUCUGAAUCUUUGCAUGGCCGUCCUCGUGCAAACAAUAGAGACAGUUGUUCUCAUGUUCAUCAAGAAGGAAUUCAGUGCCCUUUCGCAAAUCACUCUUUACGCCGCUACGCCAUUCGCUGUCACUGCUGUGUUGUCUGACGUCUUCAUUGCUGCUGCAUUGUGUGUCCUUCUGCAUGGCAAUCGCAGCCCCCUUGUUGAGACCAACGCACUCGUUAAUACGUUAAUUGUAUACGCCAUCAAUCGUUGUCUACUGACUUCAGCCGUUGCUGUGGCCGAAGUCAUCGCAUUUGCUGUCAGCCCAGGCAGUUUAUGGUUCAUCGCGAUAGAUUUUGUCAUCGGAAAGCUAUAUGCCAAUUCCCUCCUUGCAUCGCUAAACAGUCGGUCUGCCUUACGAGGGCGCAACCAUCACAGUAGUCAAAAUGACAGCAUGAGUUUUCGCGUCAAUACCAUCAACCUAUCUGACUUGCAGUCCUCAAGCGAUGGGGACAGCAGCGGAGGCACGCAGAGUAAAGCGACCACUGCCUCCGCUCGUACACGUGUAAAAUCAGUUCCGGGUGGAGAUAUCGACUUACUUGAGCUGGGUAACGUGGACAGGGGCAAAGGCUAA